AUGCCAGGCCUGACUCAGCCAGGCGGGGCUGGGGUGACCCAGGCAGCUGCUCAAACAGAGGCCAAGCUUGAUGGGGACUUUGGCCUCCUCUGGCUGCAUCUCAGCUUGGACAUCUCUGCCUCCUACAGCUGCUUGUGGAUCCCCAAGCACACCGUGUCUGAGUGGCCGGCCAUUCGUCUCCAAGAGGUCCCCACCCCCGGGCACAUCGCUGGCGCCAUUCUGGCUGACACGGCUGAAAUGCACACUCCCUACUCUUCCUGGAAGAGACUGUUCUCUUUCUUCAAUGGUUUCACGGCGGUAAAUAUCUGGUGUGAUCUCACUGGCCGGGGCAUCUACGGCAGCUUCAGAGGGGCUGUCCUGACGAGGGUCCUCGCGCUGUCCUCCGCAUACCUCCUUCACGUUGGCUCCCUGUGCCCGGCAAUGAGCUGCCUCACGGGGCCGCUUGGCUUUGCCGGGUGGUCUGGAGCAACCAAAGGAGGCAGAGACACUCUCUUGUUUUGUUUCCUGCUCGUGGUUAUCAUUCUCAUCGCUGAAAUCACAGUGGUCCUCGCCUUCUUCCCCAUUGUUCAAGAAGUGGCCUUGGAGCACGUCUUCGCGACCCUGAGGAAGAAUGUUAAUUACAGUGAGCCAGACGACUGUUCCGCGGAAUGGAACUUGGUCACGGGGACGCUAAAGUGCUGUGGGGCAAGGAACUACACAGGCUUUUCUGGGUCUUCCUUUGAAAUGACUGCUGGUCCCUCGGACCCCAGGGGCUGCAGCCCACAAGGGUGGCUGUUCCGCCCACACACCGGGGCUUCCGCUCGCUGGCUCUAUGACCGAGGUCAGGACCCCAGCCUCCCUCUCAUUUGCAAGGGACCCAAGCUGGUCAAGGAUGCUCGGCUUGGGGACUUUGGAUACGGUGCCCAGCUCCCAUGA